CGAAAGAAUUCCGAAAAAGCGUGGCGUGUUGUUUACAAGCGUGUCUCUUUAGGCGUGUAACGUUGUAAUGAGUGGACGAGUUGAUCAGGAUGGAUGGCAAUGUUGAGGCUGGCUGUCCUACAGAUUCCGGUAAACACACGGGGACGAUGUUUAUAGCGUGUCACGAGGUCAGCAAUCGUCAUCCAGUUGAGUCUAAGCUAAAGUAUCAGCAGGAGAAUGUGGACGUCCAAUCUAAGGAGGAGGACGGAAACGAGCACGGUGGGUGUUUGUGUCAUUCUCUCGAAGAUGCGAUUGCCAACGACAGUCAAAACAACGAAGAAUGUCUUGAUAGCCAGCAACUAACAGAGACUCUAAAGGAAAAGUUGACCGUUGCUGCAUCUCCCUGUCCUCCUCCCCGCAGGGAAAUGAAUUUACCUGUUGAUAUUAAUGGAAUAACAUACGUUACAUACUCGGAUGAGACUGUACUGGGCGAAAUUACACGUUUGAUGUCACGUGAUUUAUCUGAACCUUACUCAGUGUAUACAUACCGAUAUUUCAUUCACGGUUGGCCCAAACUGACUUUCUUAGCAAAAGACAAAGAGAAGUACGUAGGAGCAAUUGUUUGUAAAACUGAAGACAAAGUUAAUGGAAAACGAGGAUAUAUUGCUAUGUUGGCAGUACAAGAUGAAUACAGGAGGCAUGGCUUAGGGACUCAAUUGGUUCGCAUUGCUGUUCAAUCCAUGAUGGCAGCCGGUUGUGAAGAAGUAGUUUUAGAGACAGAAGUGCUAAAUCAGCCAGCACUUCGACUUUAUGAGAACUUAGGGUUUAUGAGGGACAAGAGAUUGUUCAGGUACUAUCUCAAUGGAGUAGAUGCUCUUAGGUUGAAAUUGCUUUUAAAAUAAAAUGUUCUGCAGCUGUCAGGAAAUGCAAACGUUAAUUAGUCUUAUGUGAAUGUGUGCUCUUGGUUUAGAGUAUGUUUAGUAAUUCAUAACAAUUAAUAUAGCAAG